CAGAGCGAUGGGGAUGGAGGGGCGCCUAGACCUUCUUCCAAUGUAUGCGGCAAUGUGCAAGCGCCACAAAAUCGAUCAAAACCCGGCGAUCGUCAGAUCUCUCCAGAAGCAAUUCGCCACGGGAGGCGACGAGCUGGAGCUCGAGGUAGGCGACGAUGUGGGAGAGAUCGAGGUUUGCUGCGUCAGGGAUUUUCUCAAGCUAGAUUUAUGGUCGGCGGUGGAUUUAAAGAUCACAGGCGACUGCUGGAAGAGCUGGAAGAAUAACACGCUUGUAAGUCUCUUGACGGCGUCCAAGGACAGGCUUCGUCAUGUAGAUCUCAGCGCAUGUACUUAUCGAAGAGAAUUCGUAAGGUUUCUCUAUAGAGUUGGUUUAUCCUGCGAGACUCUAAAGCUUGGCCAAUGUAGCGCGCCUACACGGAAGUUUAGCCUCGCCGGUGAGUUUCAUCGCUUGGAAGUUCUCAUAGUGGAUCACAGCCGAAGUAUCACCCUCUUGUCAAGCACUUGCUUCGAGGGCAUGCCAAAGCUAGCGAAGCUUUCAAUGUGUGGCACGGGCAUCGUCAACCUUUGGACAACAUGUCGUGCUCUUUCCAAGCUGCCGAGCCUCCGAGAGCUUCGCUUCCAGCGCUGCGUGUGUUGCGAAGGGACUGGCCACUGUAUUGCUCCACCGCCCGACGAUUGUGAUGGGCAAAACAUUUCAGCCGGGAGUUCUGGUGAUGACCAAGAAGUUGAGAAAAUGGAAAUUUUUCAGAAGGGGACGGAUGAGAGUGACUACUGGGAUAGUAGCGGCGAUGAAGAAGAGGAAGAAGAAGAAGAAGAAGAACAGGAAGAACAGGAAGAAUAUGAUGAACUUGGAGAAGAAGAAGUUGUAGAAAGCGAGCUGGAUACUGAUCUGGACGAACAGUUCGUUUGUCUCGAAGCUGUGGAACCCGAAGCUGGAAACGAUGAACCACCAAAGGCCGAGGAGCGGCAACUAAGCUAUCUUUUCCAGUCAACAAUAUGCCACGAGAAGUUCUACCAACAGUUUAUGAUAUCGUCACUCCCGAAGCUUCAAGUACUGGACAAUCUGGAGAUCACACAGGAAAGCAGGAAAAAGGCAUGGAUAGUCUACUGCGACAACUUUGAGCGCUCGCCAAACACUCGGCGACGGCGGGAGGGCAUUGUGGAGAUACUUAAGAGCAGGGAGAGAGGCGGCGACCGGGGACCUCACAAGAAGAGGAAAAUAAACGAGACGAGAGCUCUGUCUACUUCCAAGCUGUGUGACUGGCCUGCUACAAGCGUCGUCUACAAUCCUUGCAAGUCCAACGUGGAUAUUAACAGGAGACUUAAGCCGCGGCAAUUUGAGUACCACCCCAAGGAUCCAGCUCUUAUGGUUCUCGGGACACUAAACGGAGAACUAGCUGUGGUAAAUCACGAGGAGGAUAGACUGGUGGCUUAUAUUCAAGCUUCUACAGUUCAGCACCGCGUGCUGGGAUUAUGCUGGUUGAACAACGAGCCUGACAAGUUUAUAGCAGGUUCUGACAAUGGUGUGUUGGAACUUUAUAGCUUGUCUCGGAUGCGAGCUGCGACUAUGGCGUGCACAUAUAUGUGCGGUUCAGUGCACAGAUUUAACGACUUCGAGCAGCUCACCUCCGUUCAUAUCAAUUCGCAAGACGAGCUCUUUCUCGCAAGUGGCUACAACAAGAAUAUUGGCCUCUACGAUCUUCAAACCGCCAGGCUAGUCAAGGUAUUUCCUCAUCUUCAUGAGGACCACAUAAACGUCGUCAAGUUUGCGCAUCACUCGCCCAAGACGUUCGCUACUUCCUCGUUUGACAAAACUGUGAAGAUGUGGGACCUUAGAACGACGAUGACUUCGCCAGUUUACUGUACUACCAGUCGAUCCGGGAACGUCAUGCUGUGUUUCUCUCACGACGACCAUUUCGUUUUGGUUUCCGCGGUGGACAAUGAGGUAAGGCAGUACCUUGCUGCCGAUGGAAGACUUCACACGAAGUUCGACAUCACACCAGCAAAUAGCAGGCGAAACUACACAAGAUCAUACUAUAUGAACGGCAGGGACUACAUUAUCACUGGCAGCUGCGAAGAAAACCGGAUCGGAGUUUACAGUGCUCAAACUGGAAGGCGACUGAGAGAUGUAACGCUGGAGGGACGAGGUGUAAAUAAUUCCUUGUACGUGCAGUCACUGAGGGGUGAUCCUUUUAGAGAUUUUCACAUGUGUGUCCUUGCGGCUUACAAUCACCCUCACCAGCGAUCAGAGAUUGUCAAGAUCAACAUGGUCGCGUCAAGCAACUACGUCGGGCCUACAGAUUCUCAGUCCUCGUUCACUGGCGGAAGCGUCAGCGGAGCAUAAAUUCUUUCAAAAACAAGCCAGUCCUGGUUCCACUCUC